GCUUUUUUUCUCCUCUACAGGUGAGUCUUUCUUGGUUAUCUAUUAUUGAUAUCCUUAUUUGUUGAAUAUUCUCUCAUUGCUCACUUCUUGAAUCUCUCUGCAGCUUCACAGUAUGGCUUCCGUCGGUGCCUUCUUAAUGUUGUUGCCUGUUGCAUGGACAUGCUCGCCCCAAAAAGCAGACUACGUUAUGGUGUCGUGUUUCCCCAACGCCAUCAUUGCUAACGUACCAGAGUGUCCUUACGGCUGGGAGAUGGACCAGCUGUCCCUGGGCGGAGUCUGUUACUCUGGAGUCCACAGCCCAGGUUACUACCGCUUCAGCAUCCCGGACCUGACACCCAAAAACCACUCGUACUGCGGCACCCACUCCGAGUACGUGCCCGGCAAAGACCCCAAGUACGUCUUCUCCAACUCCAUCGUGUCCAACGACACGUCGCUCACGGUCAGAAACCAGCCGGUCAACUACACCUUCAGCUGCGUGUACCGAGCCGCCUACCUGCUGAACAACGCCGUGUUCAGCCAAAGAGUCGCGACAGUUUAUGUCAACAACGGGAGUUUAGGCACUUUUAGAUCUCAGUUGUCUAUGAACGCGUUCACGAAUUCAAAGUUCCUUUACGCCAAGGACUCCCCGUAUGUGAUCGACACUUCUGAGAUCGGCUCCGAAGUUUUCAUCGGGAUUGAGGCAAAAGGACUCAGUAACAGAUUCAGAGUUGUGAUAAACAACUGCUGGGCCACUCCGAGUCCGUACUCCACAGACAAGAAGAGGUGGAGCCUCAUCAUCAACAGCUGCUCCUCCGACAGAACUGUGACUAUUUUCGAGAACGCCAAAGACAGCCGCUCCAUGUUUAAGUUCAACUCGUUCCGCUUCCAGCGGCUGGAGAAGGUUUCGACGGUCUGGCUUCACUGUGAGGUCCAGGUUUGUGACGCAGAGAGACUCGUCUGUCAGCCGGGCCCCUGCUCCUUCAGGAGUCCGUCAUCAGAGGCAGAACCAAGAGGGGGGGUCCUCACUGCUGAGUUCAACAUUAAAGGUAUCGACUCCUUCAAUAAUGGACACGUGACAGGCACUUCAUUAUUCCUCCUGCUGGUUGUCCUCAUAAACACAUGUUGUUAUUUAGUGAACGGGUCAAGAAUGUAGUAAACACAUCACCCCACCACGCUCAAAAGAUUUUAUCCUUUACUCACAGAUAUUAUAUGAAUUUAGGACAUUUAUUGACGCUUUGAGCGAUCUUUUCAAAUGUCACAUUGCCGCUUGCUCUAAUAAAGAUGAAGCAACAUUUUUAAAGAAACUAACCGUGUCGCUGAUUUUAAUUAAAUGCACAAACUUCCAAAAACACAAAUAAACAGUUUUUACUCAAUCCAGAAAUUAAACUCUCUCUCAAUAUGACAGCAAAACAAUACGCAUACAAAAAAUGUCUAAACCCACUUUAUUCUCUCUUCCAUUGAUAUUCUACCCAGAACUAAAUGUGAAUGUGUUACAAUAGUGCCAAUUAAUCAAUUGUAAUGGAUACAUCAUUUUAUUCAACACCGUUUCAUUUGAUUCAAUUGUAUUUUAUAAGAACACUUUAUGUGUUUGCUUGUGUGUACAUUUUUUUUGGCAACUCUUUUUAUUGUCACAUUUUACCAUCUAUUUUCUCUCGUUUAAUGUGCAGCGUUUAUAUUUUCAAUUGUAAAGCACGUUAAGCAACAUGUCUUGUGUAAAAAAGUGCUUUAUAAAUAAAGGCUAUUAUUAUUGGUCAUCUCAAGACAUAACAGUCUAUUGUAAAAAGAAAACUAUCAUUUA